UCCCUUUAUAUAAGCGCUCACUUUCUGAGCCCUCCACCCCUCUCUCGUCUAGGGUUUUGCCGCCGCCCGCUUCGCCCUUUACCGCUCUCUCUCUCCCUCCCCCUCCUGCGAGCUCGGCUCCAAUGGCGGUCCAACAAGAGGUUAAACUCUUCAAUCGAUGGUCCUUCGAGGAAGUGGAGGUCAGUGAUAUUUCGCUCGCUGACUACAUAGCCGUGUCUCCUGCCAAGCAUGCUACUUAUCUUCCACAUACUGCAGGACGAUAUGCGGUCAAGAGAUUCCGCAAGGCUCAGUGCCCAAUUGUGGAAAGACUGACCAAUUCUUUAAUGAUGCAUGGUCGUAACAAUGGAAAGAAGCUCAUGGCUGUUCGCAUUGUCAAGCAUGCUAUGGAGAUUAUUCAUCUGCUUACUGAUGCAAAUCCGAUCCAAGUUAUUGUGGAUGCUAUCAUUAACAGCGGCCCAAGAGAAGAUGCAACUCGAAUUGGGUCGGCUGGAGUUGUUCGACGUCAGGCGGUUGAUAUUUCCCCAUUGAGGCGAGUUAACCAGGCAAUAUACCUCCUUACAACAGGUGCACGUGAAAGUGCUUUUAGAAAUAUCAAGACAAUUGCUGAGUGCCUUGCUGAUGAGCUAAUUAAUGCGGCUAAGGGUUCUUCGAACAGUUAUGCAAUUAAGAAGAAGGAUGAGAUUGAGCGCGUUGCUAAGGCAAAUCGUUAAGUUUUCAGAGUUUUUAUGCAUCAUCCUAUGGUCGUCGUUAUGCUUAAAUCAGGAUUGUCCCGUUAUUUUAAUUUAGUUCUCAGAGUCUGAGUCUGUUGUCAAGUAGAGCUUGGAACUGGUGUUUGUUGCAGUAUUUAAGGUUUGAACCUUGAUCACAAUUGUAAUUGGCACUCUGUUUGGCAUUGCAAUCAUCUAAUGGCAUUCCGUUGUGGUAAUAUGUUGCAAUAA